CGCCCGCCCGCUAAUUGCUUCAGCUUGAAGCUGCAAGGCAUACGACACCAGAGCCGCGUACAGCUCAUAAUCGUGACUAUUCGGACGCCCACCCAUCGCUGCAGCACUGAAACGGCGAGCUGGGGGAACAGCAGCACAUGCGCCUCGCCGCAGCCAUGCUCUGGCUCGCCGCGGCGCGCGCGCUCGUGCCACGGGCGCCACGAGCGACGCGCCGCGUCGCUUUACAAGCCGUACCGAUCAACAAGGGCGGCAAGCGCGGCAGCCGCCGCCAGCGCCACGAGCUCCGCACGCUCGACUUCUCCGAGGUUUCAAAACCCAAGCCGAAGGCACGAUCUAAAGCCCACCCCGGGCUCGAGAAGCUGGGAGCGCCGACGACACCGGAGGCGACGCUCGCCGCAUUGCAAUCAAAUGAAAUAGACGCGCCGACGUUGGCUGCUGGCGUCGCUUCAUUAUGCGCGUCUCAGAGGCGAGAUCUGGCCAUCGAGGCUAUUCAAUUACGGAGCCUGGCGCGGGACCCGCGGUCGCUCACGACCGCCGUGACCGCGUUGUGCCGAGCCGCAGCACCGAAAGCGUGCGUGCCUCUUAUCGAAGACGUUUUGGGGGAAGGUGUUGCAAGGCCGGGGCGCAUCUACGGUCCCAUCGUCGCGGGCUUGCUUGACAAAAGAAGAAGGCCCUACGAUCUGUUGAGGGACUGGGUACAAGCUGAGAGUGAUACAUCUGAAAACUGCGAACCCCCAUCACAUAUCCCCUUCGCCAAAGCUCUAGAAGCUUGUCGACGAAGCAAGGACCUGGACGCGGCUUAUUUGGUCCUAGACGCGUUCGACGCUUCUUCGUGUGAGGACCACGCCGAUUUGUCGAGGGAGAUCUCGUCGAUCUUCGCACGAAGUGUCCGAUUCAUCGUGGGAGCCGUGUCGUCCAAACAACUCCCCUCCACAGAAGUCAAGGAGGUCGCCUUUGUCGGUAGAAGCAACGUCGGCAAAAGUUCUUUGGUGAACAUGUUCCUGGGACGCACGAAGGCGGCCUACGUAUCGAAAAAACCGGGCAAGACGCGGCAGUUCAAUGUUUUUGACGUGAAUAGCGCGUCUGUCGACUCGCGACGGGCGUCGUCGGUCGUUGAGGAGUCUUCACCGUGGAGUCCGUCGGGCCGCUUUAGGCUAGUAGACGUGCCCGGUUCGGGCUACGCCAAGGUCUCGGAAUCGUAUCGGGACGAGUGGAAGGUCUUUCUGAGGGAGUAUCUUGGUACUAGAGAUAAUUUGGAAGCGGUCUGCCACCUCGUCGACUCUAGAGUGGGUCUGCAGAAGACGGACCUGGAGUUGUUUGAGUUGAUAGGGGAGUCGGGCUUCGCGGGGGACGUGAUCAUCGUGCUGACGAAGGUCGACAAGAAGAGCGCGCGGGCCGCCGAGGUCCUCGCCGCUGUACGUCAAGCGGCGCCGGCGGCGCGCGUCGUUUCUACUUCCUCUAAAGAAGGUAUCGGUCGCGCAGCGCUCUGGCGGGCGCUCAAGGGUGUUGUCGUGCCGGAGUCCUCGUGACUGCGUCCGGCGGCUCGAUGAUUCUGGGAACGCGUCGAUGGCGUCCGUCGUGGCCCCCACGCCAUCGCCCCGACGCCUGCUCGACGGCGUGCAGCACGGUCGCGUCGUCGUCGAGAAAUGAACUACUACUAAGGAC